UGUGGACAACAGUCAGCAACAGCGCCGGAAGCAACCAGCAGCAUGGGCGACCUCAUCCUCGACCCGAGCAUUCGCGACUGGGUCAUCGUGCCCAUGAUCGUCCUCUUCGUGUGCUCGGCCAUGAUGCGCAACUACGUCUCGGUCCUCCUCAAGACGGACGAAGCUGGCGAGCUCGAGGAGCUCCGCAAGAUCAACACGGUCAAGCGCGCGGCCAUGCUUCGCAUGAACUGCCAGUACAUCACGCGCAGCGCCUUCUCGAUGCGCAAGUUCUACUUUACGGCCUCGGAGAAGAACGACGGCGUCCAAGGCGCGCUGCGCGAAAAAGUCAAGAACGAUGCGAUGAACCAAAUGAUGAACCCCAACAGCAUGAUGAAGAUGAUGAAGGGCAACAUGACGUUCAUGGUCUCCAACUUUGUUAUGAUGGGCCUCAUGGGCUACUUCUUUGGCGGCUUUGUCCUCGUCAAGGUCCCCUUCUCGCUCACGCAGCGCUUCAAGGCCAUGUUGCAGCGUGGCAUUGAAAUGACGACCUUGGACGUCUCGUAUGUCUCGUCGGUCUCACUCUACUUUCUCAUCAUGUUUGGCAUGAGCGGCUUCAUGUCGCUCAUUCUCGGCAGCGGCAGCAUGAACGACGACGCCCGUGCGAUGCAGAUGCAAAUGGGCAUGGGAGCCGGCGCCGGCCCGGGCUUUGACGCGCCCCGUGUCUACAAGCAAGAGCGCGUCAACCUUCGCUUGCACGCCCACGAGUAUGCGCUCGAGCACGCCGAGAAGAAGCUCCUCGGCGACGACAUCCCCAAGAAAGUCGAGGCGCCAGUGCCCGUCGUCGUUUCGGACGCCGCGGUCUCCAAGCGCCGCCGCCAGCGCCAGCCGUAGACGCAGAUUUGCAUGCGCAUACUAGAAGUCGUUCUCUCUAAGUGUAUUACAGCUUGUACGGUUCCUUGACCUUAUCGAGCAUCG